UCUGCCUUUCCGAGUUUCACACUGCCUUGGUGAUUUGCAGGUGGUGUUGGUGACUGAGGCAGGAAUCUCUAACACACACUGCAUGAGCAUUUGGAUAUAUGACAAGGGUCUGAUGGAAGAUAUGAAAACAUGACCUACCGGGCAUACAGGGUGAGCUGGAAGGAGCAGGAUUAUGAACCCUCGGAGAAUAACUGUGAGGACCAACCAGAGGGAAAUGAACUGGAGUCAAUGGGGUGGUUUCAUGAGAAUCUGACCCGGCAUUCAGCAGAAGCUCUUCUGCUUACCAAUGGGCAGGAUGGCAGUUAUCUGUUGAGGAAAAGUGACUCCAAUGCCAAUGUGUACUCACUGUCAGUAAGGGCCAAGGACUCAGUGAAACACUUUCAAGUCCACCAAUGUGGAACAAGUAUUAAGUUUGGAUUCAAUGAAUUCUCAUCUGUAAAAGAAUUUAUUCAACAUUUUGCAAACCAACCUUUGAUUGGAAGUGAAUCAGGUACUUUAAUCUUAUUGAAAUACCCUUACCCAAGUGAGGUAGAAGAGCCAUCAAUAUAUGAAUCUGUCCGGGUUCAUACUGCCAUGCAAUCUGGUCGCUCUGAAUCUGACCUGGUGCCUUUGGCCCCCUCAUUGGGCACAAAGGAAGGAUAUCUUACAAAACAAGGAGGACGUGUAAAGACAUGGAAAACCAGAUGGUUUAUACUGAGCCGUAAUGAGCUGAAAUAUUAUAAGGACCAGAUGGCUCAGGAGCCAAUAAAGACCCUAGAUCUUACAGAGUGCAGUGCAGUACAAUUUGACUACUCACAGGAAAGAGUCAACUGUUUCUGUUUGGUGUUCCCAUUGAGAACCUUUUACCUUUGUGCAAAGACCGGAGCAGAAGCAGAUGAAUGGAUUAAGAUUUUAAGAUGGAAAAUGUCUCAAAUAAGAAGGCAGACAACUAGAAGAUGAAGGAUAUCACAGAGAUGAAGCAUA